UCAUACCGAGAUAUCAGUACCUCCCUUGCAAUACUUAUUUCCACUGCAUACCUUCUCUACUAUAAACUGCAGGACAGACAAGUACAGAGGGGUUCUUCCCAGAGAAGCUCAUGCUAUCUCUUGCUUUGAAAAAAGGCUCAUGAUAUCUAGCUUCCAGCCUUCCAACUCCGUCUUCUCCCAGGAUCAGCUAUAGAGGACACCUCUGGCGCUGGCAUGCAUCAACACCAAAGAUAAGAUCUACAAGAUGGCCAGGGCUGGUCCAACUUGCAGAUUCCUUUCGUGGUUUUUGUGUUUUGUAGCAUGUGUUCUCAUGGUGUCUGCUGUGCCUGGCCAUUCAUGGUGCCCUCUACAUCCUCACCCGAGGCGAGAAGCAGAGUUUAAGCAGAAGACAAACAAGUUUUGGGAGUACCAGGAGCAGAGUAAUACCUGGGUGGAGAUAAGCAUGCCUUUCAAUCUGAUGUCCUGCAUCAACGGUACCUGCACAAAGGUAGGCUCAAUCAAGCAACCAGAAAGGAAACAUGGCCGUGCUUCCAUUUCUAAUCAAGAGAAGGAUACUGAUCCAGCCCUGCCCACGAGGAAACGAAUUUCCUUGGCAAGGAUGUCAGAAUCGUCUGUGUGGGUGACAGGGCAAAGUGGAUCAAUAUACGAGAGGUUUUGGAAUGGGGUGAUGUGGGUGAUUGCUCCUCACGAACUUCCAACAUCGGCUGGGUAUGCAACAGCAACUUUCAUUGUGAAUACAACCAUCCUUGCUCUGUCAGAGGCUGGAAUCCUCUAUCAGCUACAGCUAAACGAACAUGCCCAGCCUAUCUGGACAGAUAUGACAUUCAGUUACGAACAACUCCCAAACCUUGGAGAAAGGACACAAAGUCAAGGAACACACAUAAGAAACGGGGUUGUAUCGCGUAACGGAAGGAAACUUUUCCUUUCUAUCAUGAAUGGGUCCCUACUUGAGGUCACAGAACUUCAACCUCUAAGGUGGAACUGCCAUGGGCGUCCUGCAGGAGCAGAUGUAUCAUAUAUAUCUGAUGCUGAAAACGCAAGACCAGGGACCGUGUUCACAGUAAGCUCUACUGGAGACCUAUAUGAAUUUGAUAGAGAAACAAAGCCAUCAUGGAAAAAACAUAUAUGGAGUGAAAAAACAACACCAAAUGUCUCGCUGAGCUCAUCUGUUGGGUGUGCUUUACAUGGUCUCUUAGGAUCUAAUUCAGUAUCACUUUUUCUGGUAACCAAGGAUGGUAUUUUGGUGGAGCGGCGGUUGCACAGAAGGAAAUGGAAGUGGGAUAAACAUGGAGCACCUAAGGGUCAAAGACUUAGUUCAAUUACAGAAGUUCAACAGGAUGAAUCUAAUGAUGCAACUUCAAUGUUUUUUACGACAACCACAGGAAAAGUAUUUGAGUAUCAGUUUCCAAAAUAUACAGGUGGGUCUCCAAGCAAUAAGAUUAGAGGACUAUGGAUAAAUCACAUGUCUCCUGACCAUGCAAAAGUAGCAAGAAGCGUUCGAGGUCUACAGGUUCAAGUUGGCAGGUUGAUAUUUCAACUAGAUGAUGGUAGGCUCGGAGAGCUGCAUUUACCUGGUAUGGGAGGUGAUCAUUUUGGUCCAGGUCAACAAAAUACCAUAAGAAGGAAAGUCUCAAACAAGUAUGAGUGGUCUAUCCUAGAUACACCAGAAACAGAAGGUUGGAAUGCAGAAUAUUGCACUGAAGAGCAUGGCCCAACAAACUGUAUUACCGGAGCAAUGAAUGUUGCUGCAGAUACGGAAGCAACCAUCUUGAGCAACGCCCCUCCUAGAAGGAGAAACGAAGAAGAGAAGCAACAGUACCUACAUGUUCACAGCCACGAGAGUGAUGAAACUGAAUCGUACAACUUUCUAUCACGAAGCAUUUAUCUGAACUUCCAUAUGCGGGUGAUGCAUGCAGAUAGAUCACUUUUUCUCAUAACAGAUAAUGGAUUUACUUUGGAAUAUCUAAACACCAAUGGUGUCUGGCUCUGGCUAAGACAUGAGCACGCUACAGCCAUGAAAGGUACACUAGGAAGCUAUAAUGGCAGCUUGUAUCUUGUCGAUCUUCAUGGGAACUUACAUAUUAGAGAAAGAAAUGGAGAUGACCUCUCAUGGAUUAAUUGCACAGCAAUGAGGAAGGGAAGACAGGUUGCAAGUGGACCUCCAUGGGAUGGCAUCCCUGGUUUAUCGCGCAGAGUGACAACAGAUGAUGUACUUUUCUUUGUUAACAAGAGGGGCAGAUUGCUACAAUUCACGGUUGCAUUGCGUAAAUUCAGGUGGAAGGACUGCCACAACCCUCCCGAUACCAAGAUUGCAUUCAUCGUAGAUCAAGAGGUGUUCAGAAGAAAUAUCAUCUUCGCAGUUGGUCGCAACGGGCGCAUGUACCAGUAUAACAGAAUUACAGAGCUAUGGCACAGGCACUACCAAUCACCUCACCUCGUCCUGUCGAGAUCACCUGGGACAGCGAUGAGACCGUCCCCUCUCUCCCUCGCCGGCUCCAUCUUUAUGAUAUCUGAGCACGGGGGGCUCGUGGAGUACCAUUUCAGCCCGCAGGACGGGUGGGAGUGGGUCGAGCAUGGUACGCCCCACCGGGACGUCACCCUCGUAGUCGCCCCAGGGCCAUGCUUUGACGGCACCCAACUGUUCGUCAUCGGGUCAGACGGACACGUCUACCGGCGGCACCUGGACAAUCGAACGUGGAGGUGGACGAGCCAUGGGCACCCGUCGGAACCAUCCACCAUGGCACCGGACAGUGCAGGCGGUGAGCAGAGCUGCGCCACGCUGGGCACCACGGACGCGCACUACGCGAGCAGCUUCAGUGGAAGCUGCGACGAAAAGGUGGCGGCCAUGCGGCCGAUGCCGUUCUCGGAGGACGCGGUGGUAUUCGAGCUGCGCGACGGACGGUUGGCGGAGCUGCGGCGUGCGGCGGAGGGGCGCGGCGGGUGGGAGUGGGUGCGGAUCAUUGGCACGCCGGCCAGCGCCUGCAUGACCAGCUACUGGACGGCCGUUGCCACGUAGCCGUUGCCCGGUGGGAAGGAAGCGGAAGCGCGGAGGCGGAACUCUAUUCCUCGUGUGGCGGGAACGAAACGGGGAUCAAAUUUCGAACGGGAUUGCUGCUGCCUAGUCAUCGCUAACACGGUAUUCAAGCUAGUCACGUAUACAUGUACAGUAGACCGCGAUGAAAGUGAUGGACAACAAUUUGUCUCUUACCAAACAUCGUAAUAGUUUACCUUACAGAUAGAAAUUCAAACAGGUAGUGUCAAUUCAACAA